GGUAUUGGUCGGCCAAGCGUAUACCACGCGGUGGUGGUCAUAUUUCUAGAAUUCUUUGCCUGGGGGCUCUUGACAACUCCGAUGCUAACAGUCUUACAUGAAACAUUUUCCCAUCAUACAUUUUUAAUGAAUGGUCUUAUUCAAGGUGUUAAGGGUUUUUUGUCCUUUCUCAGUGCUCCACUAAUAGGCGCUCUAUCAGAUGCAUGGGGAAGAAAAUCUUUUCUUCUUCUUACAGUUUUUUUCACCUGUGCCCCAAUUCCAUUAAUGAGAAUAAGUCCAUGGUGGUACUUCGCUAUGAUUUCGGUAUCUGGAAUCUUUUCUGUUACCUUUUCUGUAAUAUUUGCCUAUGUGGCUGAUGUAACACAAGAACAUGAAAGAAUUACAGCCUAUGGACUGGUAUCUGCCACCUUUGCAGCAAGUUUGGUAACGAGUCCUGCCAUUGGAGCAUACCUGUCUGCCAGCUAUGGAGAUAACCUUGGCGUACUAGUGGCCACAUUGGUGGCUGUUGUGGACAUUUGCUUCAUCCUGCUAGCUGUUCCAGAAUCUCUGCCGGAAAAAAUGAGACCUGCUUCAUGGGGAGCUUCUAUAUCAUGGGAACAAGCAGACCCUUUUGCAUCUCUGAAGAAGGUUAGAAAAGAUUCUACAGUUCUCCCGAUCUGCAUUACAGUGUUUCUCUCCUAUCUGCCUGAGGCUGGCCAGUAUUCUAGCUUUUUUCUGUACUUGCGGCAGAUUAUAGGUUUUGGAUCUGCUAGCAUUGCAGCAUUUAUAGCUGUGGUAGGCAUUCUGUCUAUAGUAGCUCAGACUGUGUUUCUCAGUAUCUUGAUGAGGUCGAUAGGGAACAAAAAUACGGUUCUCCUUGGCCUUGGCUUUCAGAUCCUUCAGUUGGCUUGGUAUGGUUUUGGAUCUCAGUCUUGGAUGAUGUGGGCAGCAGGAGCUGUAGCAGCGAUGUCAAGCAUUACAUUCCCAGCAAUCAGUGCUCUGGUUUCACGAAAUGCAGAGUCAGAUCAACAAGGUGUUCUCCAAGGAAUAAUAACUGGAAUAAGAGGUCUGUGCAAUGGCCUGGGACCAGCACUGUAUGGCUUUAUUUUCUUUCUCUUCCAUGUGGAGCUCAAUGAAUUGCCACCUGAUCAGACUUCUGGAAAAAAAGCAAUGCAAGAUCCCAGUGAUGAGAGAGCAAUCAUUCCUGGUCCACCCUUCCUGGUUGGAGCAUGCAUUGUUCUUCUGGCUUUUCUAGUCGCCUUAUUUAUUCCUGAGCACAGCAAAGCCAGCAGUACCAGAAAACACAGCAACAGCAUCAGCGGUACUCUGAGUAACAACCUAGACCGAAGUAGCGAAGAGGACAUUGAACCAUUGCUGCAAGAUAGCAGUGUAUGA